AUGUCCUUCCCGCAGCUGGGCUACCCGCACUACCUGAGCGCCAGCCCGGCCGGCGACGGCGCCAGCGAGCGGCCGGGGGGGCUGGCCGCCGCCGCCGCCGCCGCGGGCCGUCCCGGGGCCGCCGAGCUGAGCAGCGGCUCCUCGGCCGCCGUCACCUCGGUGCUGGGCAUGUACGCCGCCGCCGCCGCCGCCGCCGCCGCCGCCGCCGGGCCCUACGGCGCGCCCAACUACAGCGCCUUCCUGCCCUACGGCGCGGACCUCGGCCUCUUCUCGCAGAUGGGUUCCCAGUACGAACUGAAGGACAACCCCGGAGUUCACCCCGCCACUUUUGGUGCUCAUACCACUCCUGGUUAUUAUCCGUAUGGACAAUUCCAAUAUGGCGACCCUGGAAGGCCCAAGAAUGCCACUCGAGAGAGCACCAGCACCUUAAAGGCCUGGCUAAAUGAGCACCGCAAGAACCCCUACCCGACCAAGGGUGAGAAGAUCAUGCUGGCCAUCAUCACCAAGAUGACCCUCACUCAGGUCUCUACCUGGUUUGCCAAUGCCCGCCGGCGCCUCAAGAAGGAGAACAAGGUCACAUGGGGAUCGAGGAGCAAAGAUCAGGAGGACGGGAACCUCUUUGGUAGUGACAAUGAGGGGGAUCCUGAGAAGAAUGAAGAUGAUGAAGAGAUAGACCUGGAAAGUAUUGACAUUGACAAAAUAGAUGAGAAUGACGGUGAGCAGAGUAAUGAGGAAGAGGAAGAGAAGGUGGAACUCUUAAGGCAAAGUAGUGAUGACGAUUCUUUGGAGAAAGAGAAGGUUUUGCCCCUGUCUGGGCCUGAAGGACUUAAACCCAAUGAGGCCCUGUCCCUAGUGAAGGAAGCCUCAGACAACCCCACCCAGAUCCUGAGCCCCAACAGACAAAAUAAUCUACCAGGCCCACCUCACCACAAACCCAAAAUCUGGUCAUUGGCAGAGACUGCAACCAGCCCUGACGGGGGCCUCCACAAGCCAACGCCCCCUUCACCUCCUGCCCAGGUGAACCACGCCUCCCCCCAGCUCCAGCACCCGGCUUUCCUCCCCAGCCAUGGACUUUACACCUGCCAGAUCGGCAAGUUCCAUAACUGGACUAACGGGCCCUUCCUUACCCAGAGCUCCUUGUUAAAUGUGAGGUCCUUUUUGGGAGUUAACCACCACCACCACCACCACGCCACACAUCACAACCACCCUCUCCAGGCCCAGCCGCAGCCAUCUAUGCUAACUGCGCUCAGCACUGAAAAGCCAUCGGAAAGGACCAGCCCCAAACACAUAGAAAGAGAAAACGUCCCGAGGACUGACUCUCCACCUCAACCGUUAAAAUCCCCCUUUCGGGCUGUCCGGGACAACUCUUUGACUCAGCAAGAGGGAACAUCGUGAAUUUUAACAACUCUUCCUUCUGCUUGAUUAAUUUUUGUUUUGAGUGGAAAAGAAAAUUUCACAGACUGUUCUAAAGAACAGGGGGGAAAUGGGAAUGCUCUAAACGACUCCCAUCAAUCUCAUUUUUGCAAUAAA